AUGGAUUACAAAUUGUUAUUUUUGGUGGCACUGGUCGGCCCACUAUUAUCAUCCCUGUCCACCAAAACGUAUGCCAGUGCUCAACAGUAUGAAGGAUUAGAUGGCGAUGAAACCGAUAAACAACUGGAGUGGCUUCAAGUGGCCGAAACUAAAGGUGCUGGUGCUGUAACAGCCGGUGCUGCCGUUGCUAAAGGUGCCAAAACGGGUGGUUUCGCUACCGGUGCCAAAGCGGGAGCCGCUGGUGGGGCAGCAUUCAAGUUAGCGGCUGGCGGUAAAAAGGCCGGAGCUGCCGGUGCCGUUUCGGGAGCAGCCGGUGCUAAGUCAGGCAAAGUAGCUAAGGCAUUUGGUGCGGCCGGCAAAAAGGGUAGCAAAUGGGGAAAGGCUAGUAAAUUUGGCAAAGCUGGAGGUGCCGGCUAUAACAAAGCCUACGGCAAAGUUGCCACUUACGGUACGGCACAGGGAUUCAAGUUUGGUAAGGCUGGCGGUGCCUAUGCCAAGGGUGGUGCCGCUGGUGCUGCCGGUAAAAAGGGUGGCUGGGCUGGAGCUGCCGGUGCUGCAGCUGGCAAGGCUGGCAAAGCAGGUUUCUCUAAAGGAGGCGCAGCUGCCGGUGCCGCGGCUGCCGGUAAAAAGGGAUUUGCGGCCGGAAAAGCUGCCGGCAAAAAAACGGGAGCUGCCGGAGCCGCGGCCAGUGGUGCUAAAGGUUUCAAAGGAGCCGCCGGUGGACUAAUUGGUUAA